CAUCUGCAUAUGCCACAGGAUAGAGGAGCCAGGAGCUGGAAGAUAUCCUGAGGAGAGGAAAAGAAGAGGUCUCUCAUUAUCAACAGAAUAUCUGAACGUCAAAGUUCACGCGACAAUGGGUCCGGAGAGCGCCCUCCCAUGCUCGCCAGAGUUUGAGAGCUCGGAGCAAUAUGUCGAUUCUUUACUGGACUUUAUCGGAUCAAAUGAAUUAUUACACACUCUCUGCGGUGGAGUCCAUGUGCUGGACUUCUUCACACGAAAGCCGGAUCUCUACACUCUCGUGAUAGCUCCAGAAUGGCGAUCUUUCUUCCGAGCACACGAUAUAAUGGACAUCUUGGAUUUACUCAUGCGAGAGGACUUGCAAAUAUUUGAUCAGAGGCCAGAGUCUUGGAGAGAAGGCCCUGUCCCACCGGAGACUCUAUUGCAAUACAUUAAGCAAAUUAGAAAGUUGUCUCUACGACGUGAGCACACUCCCAUCAACAGAAAAGACGAGAAAGGAUCGAAUGGACCAAAGACAACACACACCUUAGCUCGUCAAGUAGCAGUAGGUAUGAACGUGAAGAAAAUUCACGAAGUCGACAACUUUUGCCGUUACCUGGAUAAACUUACAACCGAGAUUGCGGAAUUGGCAGAUCAAGAAAUCACACAUCUGGUAGACUUUGGAGCAGGUCAGAAUUACUUGGGUAGAGCAUUGGCCUCAGAACCAUACAACAAACAUAUUAUCGCUCUAGAAAGCAAACAACACAACAUCGAAGGAGCCAGAAACUGGGACGUGCUUGCCAAACUAGCGCCAAAGCAACAAAUCAUGAGAAACAAAAAGGAAUGGAGGACUCAACGAGACGCCAUGGCCGAACAAGGAAUCUCUGAAAAGGAGUUUUCAAAACUGGACCUCAAAGGUGAAAGAGGAUUCCACGCAGAAGAGCCAACACGGGAAGAAGAGCCUACCCAACAAGCCACCCUCAAGAUCUCAAACGAAGGCGUCGGAAGCAUUCAAUACGUCGAACACUACAUCAAAGACGGAGACUUGUCGCGAGUAGUGCCUCAGAUCGUCGACCAAUCCGUCGUCCGCGAAAAAGUGAUCUCCGACCUCACAUCCUCCACCUCUGCCCAACCAUGCUCGAAACAAAUCCCCGACAAUUUCGUCGAAGGAAACCUCUCCCUCAACUCCGACAUCCGCGCCCUCGACCCAAAACUCCUCGUCAUCUCCCUUCACAGCUGCGGCAACCUAGUUCACCACGGCAUCCGCUCUCUCCUCCUCAACCCCUCCGUCUCCGCAGUCGCAUUAGUAGGAUGUUGCUACAACCUCAUAACCGAACGCUUAGGCCCAGCAACCUACAAACUGCCCUCCCUCCGCAGCAACCACCCCCGCCUCGACUCAACCUCAUCCUCCCACGACCCCCACGGUUUCCCCAUGUCCUCACGCCUCUGCAAUGCCCAAACCGCCACGGGCAAAGGAUUACGCCUAAACAUCACAGCCCGCAUGAUGGCCGUCCAAGCUCCCCAAAACUGGGGCAAGAAAGAUUCUGAAAGUUUCUUCAAGCGCCAUUUCUACCGUGCUCUGCUGCAAAAGAUGUUUAUGGAUAAAGGUGUUGUGCAACAGCCGCAGGUGGAGGAUGUGCAGGGGAAUAAUGGGAGUCCUCUUGGUUGGUCUGCUGGCGGGGGCACUGCUCCCAUCAUCUUAGGCUCCUUGCGCAAAAGCUGCUAUACUUCUUUCCUAACCUACGUGCGAGGGGCGCUGGAAAAACUUCUCCUCGAUCCCAUCCGCGGCCCCGAUUUCGCUGCCAAAAUGUCUGAUAUCAGCGAUGAGGAAAUCAGUCGCUAUGAACAAGAAUUCAAGGAAAGAGGUAAGGAGUUGAGUGUCAUGUGGAGUUUGAUGGCUUUCAGUGCGGGCGUUAUAGAAGCUGCUGUUGUGGUGGAUAGAUGGUUGUGGCUUAAAGAGCAAGAGGAGGUGAAGGAGGCUUGGGUGGAAGCGGUGUUUGAGUUCAAGCAUAGUCCCAGGAACUUGGUGGUGGUGGGUGUGAAGAAGUGAGCACCGAUCUAGAUUGCGCGACGAUGGAUUUCUCUGCUUGUAUACAAUUCGAUACUUGAUGGCUGUUCUCGACGUAUGGGUGUUGUUGUCGAGGAGCAGAUUUUGAAAGGAUAUCUCUGACCGAAGUCCGACUAGUCAGCUGGGCCACCCUGGCUCGUACCUCACUUUCCAACCUCACAUCGCAAAGCACAUCUACGAACAUACAACAGCAUUUCCAACCAUCGAAAAACCUCUGUAGAAAAUUGUACAACCCGUCCUAAGCC